CAGCCUCAGAGUGCAGACGUUGUUUGUGGAGUUGAGUGGAUGUGCAUGGGAUAUUUCUGCUAGAAAGGUAAUUAAAGUGCACCGAUGGCACACGUCAGAAGCACAGCAAUAAAUCAGGGUCGCCAUAUUGGACUCCAGCAGCUAGAAGCCCUGUCAGCUGCCAGUUAUUCUUUUUUGGGUCCCAACAAGCGCUACAAGUUUAUCCAAGAUGAGGCAGAUGCAGAGGCAGCACUGGUCCGUUCCAGCUACCGCAUGCUGGAGCAGCUGGAGCUUAGUGUUUCGGUGGCUCAGCUGCUUUAUGAGACCACUCAUGCCCAUUGGAAGGUACUGCGCACAGGUACAAAUACGCUGACUUUUUUAACAUGUGUCUGGAGCAGGGUGGCACUGGAGUGUCUUCACAGAGGCAUUGCCAUUCCCUACAUAGUAGCUGGCAUGUCAAAGGGGCUGGACCUCUGCGUAGAGGCAUGUAGACAAAGAGCAGUGAGCGUGGAGAUUGUUUGUAAGGCUGUUAAACAGAACCUGGAAUUAAGCAGAGGCAAUGGGAUGAAGGAGGACACAGGAGCACCUCAAGAUGGAGUUCAGACCAUGAAUAAUGAGCAUCUUUUAAAGCACCGAUUAAAACUCAAGCACAGCAGACACUUUAAUUCCAAAGAUGAAACAAAGGUCUUUGGAACACAGAAAGAGGAACGUUUAAAAGACUUUGACAUAGCUCACCUGGCUGAAGCUGUUAGUCACGGAUGUGAGUUGUCCUUCAAUUUAGUAAUAGAGGCUAGCAAAAUCCAGUCUAAACAAAGCAAAGCAGAUCAAAGUGAGGGCCAACAUAAAACAAUUUUACAUGUUGAUCAUCUUGUUACGUGCUCACUGGCAGGAAUACCUGAGGAGCAUUCUUGUGUACACCGUGGCUAUGUUGUAUUAUUGUCUUCAGAGCAAGCAUUACUACUCAAGAGUUUAUCAGAACGGAUGUUAAAAAUCAGCCUGGUGAACGGAGACCUAAGUGAGCGACACCGCCACGUUGGCUUCAACAGACCUAAAAAUGUUACGUUCUACAGUGAUCAGCCAAACUUAACAGGAAUCAGUCGAGAACAAGAGUGGAUGGACUGUGCAUUGAAAAUCCUCUUGAAACUUAAGAUAGACAUUGUUCUUAUAAGCGGAACGGUCACCCAGCAGCUAAAAGACCACUGUUUUACCCAACACAUCCUUGUGAUUGAACAUAUACGCCUGCCUAUUUUAACUGACUUUGCUAGAACUACAGGCGCACUUCCGGUCUCGUACGUCACACAGCUGAACGAGAGGUGCGUGGGCACCGGAGUCCGAGUGAAUACACUUAGAGAGUAUUAUGAUAACGGCAAGACACAAUCCACAGUGGUGAAUGUUGUUGCUGAGGGCACAGCUCUGGUUACAGCGCUCAUCACUAGCUCGGUUCAUGCCAAGCUUCAGAGCCUGGAGGAUCAGUUUUGGAGCUGUGCCUAUCGGGUUCAUCAUGCUCUCAAAGAAGGUAAACUUCUACCUGGGGCUGGAGCUACAGAACUUCUGUGUAUCCAUCAGCUACAGAAACACAUGGACAUAAUCCAGACACAAACCGUAAAACCGUAUGAACAGGUGGUUCUGCAGCUGAUGACAGAAACCUGGAUGGAUUAUAUUUCAACACUGAUGGUGAAUGCUGGUCAGGUUGAGGCUAAAGCUCAGGCAUGGACACGAAUAGCUCAGUCUUUAAAGGACUGGGAGAGCAAAGGGUCUCGUACAGAGUCACCUGAAACUCCUUUAAAGAUGAUGAACUGCUCAGAGGUAACACAGAAAGAAAUAAGUGGAGGAAGUGAUGUGGAGAGCAUGGUGGAGAAGGAAAGUGUUACAGUGGGAGUGUAUGAUAACAUGACUGUAAAGUUUGAAGCCUGGAGGAGAGCUCUGGAUCUGGUGCUAUUGGUUUUGCUGACUGACACUGAGAUUAUAACUGGAGUAAAUAACACAGACGACCGUUACAAAGACUUCAUUAUUCUAUGA